UUUAUCUUCUGAGUGCCUUACAUGUACAGGUAGAGAUUUGAUCAUAUUUAAACUGGAUAUAAUGAGUGUCCCAUUGCGUUAGUUCAUUUUAUUGUCUGGCAUCAGGUGUGGAAAUAAGUAAAAUGGGCGUCCCUGGAUGUGUCCCUGGACGAAAGGAGGAAGUUUAUCAUAACUUGGGACAAUUUUGUUGUAACUGUGAAGCUUCAGAGAGGCGCAACAGUGUAUUUGGAUAUUGUAAAAAUUGUCAAAUUCAUCUGUGUAACAAAUGUUAUAAAAUCCAUAAAACGGAUAAAAGUUCAGUCUAUCAUGACAUGGAAAAGACGUCUCCUAUCCCAGCUAAGGAUCCUUUACCAAAAUGUCCACAGCAUGAAGAUGAAGAAUUGAAAUAUCACUGUCGUAUGCAUGAUGAAAUAGGAUGUUUUGCAUGUAUGUUAUCACAUAAGGGUUGCGAAACGGAUUAUAUCCCUGAUAUAUCGGUACAAUAUGCUUCAUUAGACGAGUAUACAGAAUUAGAGGUUAGUAUGCAGAGUCUACAAGAAAGGUUGUCUGAAAAUUUGAAAACAAUGAAAAAAAACUCAUUUCACAGUGAAAGAGCAUUUCAAAUUUCCAUCGAUGCCAUUAUAGCAAGAAAAAUGGCACUCGUUGAGUAUAUAAACGAAUUAGAACAGAAAGUUCGUGACGAAGCUGAGGCGUACAUGAAAGAUAGUAAAGAUAAAAUGACGAAAGUUCAAUCAGAUUUGAAUCAUUUGGAAUUAGAAAUGUUAAAUACAAAUAAUGUUUUAAGCAAAUUAAAAAACCAGAAAAAAUACAACUCAUUAUUUGUUGAAGCUAAACAUGCUGCCAAAGAAAUGGUCAAGUAUUUUGAAAAAAUGUACGAAAUUUCGAGAAGAAAUCUUGUCAGCGACAUGACAUAUAUCCCAACAAAGAAACAUAUGAAUGAUGACACUAUCUUUGGAUACAUAGUAAUUGGAAAACCCGAAGAAAAACCUUAUAGCUCACCAGAAUUUUUGGACAAUAGAAAAAUAACCCAAGUUAAUAUCAAGUCUGAAAGUGACAAGAAGGUGUGCUAUGCAACUGGACUAGCAUUGCUAUCGCCUGAUCAACUCGCAAUAGCAGACAAAGCCAAUAAAAAUGUGAAAAUUGUGGAUGUAUCUCACGACCAGAUUGUUUCUCACAUUGAGUUAACAUCGUCUCCACGAGAUAUAACGGUAAUACCACCGGACCAGCUUGCCGUGACACUUAGAGAUGAAGAACGAAUACAGUUACUAACAACCAGGAAGGGUUUGAUGAGAAAAACAGAACAAAUACUUACAGCUGGCAAUUGUCGAGGCAUCAAAUAUUAUGACAGGAAACUUAUUGUUACAUUUGAUGGUAAACUUCGACCAAAAAUAGAAAUCCUCAAUCUUAACGGAGAUGUACUGUGUACUUUCCAACACAAUGAGUCUGGGUCUAAUAUUUUUAGUGAACCAAAAUGUAUAGGUUUGAGCCCAGAUAGCAGCCGUAUAUAUGUUACAGAUUUUAGUAAAAUGUGUAUAUUUCAGUUAUCAAGGCUAGGAAAUUUAAUCGGCAGUUUUGGUAGACAGAGGUAUAUGGGUGUUGCUGUUAGUACAGGUGGUUCUGUAUACGCCUGCUCAAAGUCAAGUAACUCAGUAUACCAGAUGCAAGACGAUCUGUCAAACGAUGAAGCAGUGUUGACGAUCAAUGACGGUAUUAAAGCACCCAUAGCUCUUGCUAUUUCAAAUACAAGGAACAUGUUAUAUGUUAGUUGUGGGAGCAAUGAUGCUGAUGUCUCUAACAAAUUACACGUGUUUAAGAUUAAACAUAAACCUGAUAAAUAAAUACGACGGAUGUUUCAGAUCAAAUUCAACAAUAAGUUUCAAAGAAACAUGUUGAGGUUCUUGGAAAAGAACUUUUACACUGGAUUGAAAGCUUUUGGCAUGAAAGAGUUAUUUGUUGUGAAUUAAGUAAAUUAUUUAUUAUAAGUUGUCAAGAAAAGAUACAGGUAAAAUUGCAUUAAUUUUGAAACAUCCCUCGUAAGAACACCUCAGUGGAAUUAUAUGAAAUUUUAAUUCUGCAUCGCAUAAAAUACAUUGUACAACGUUUUUCUUUCUUUUUUUCCUUUUCUUGUUGCUGUUUUUUGUUGUUGUUUUUUUUUGUGUACUUUCAUCAAAUUUAACUUAGUUUUGUCAUAACUCGGCAGUCGAUCAGUGAAUCAGUGGCGAGAUACAGAUGAACAUGAGACUCAAGGUCUAAGAUCAAUAGUUACGAAAACAUAAUGUCUCACUCUAAGAUGGAACCAGUAACCCCUGGAUACUAGCAUGAGAACAUACCCUUAUUAAAUGUGUUUAAAAUUUGUUAUUUCGACAAAAUGUUUUCAGUUUUACCAUUUUCAAAUUUUCAUUUACAAACUUUAUUAUGAUUUACUACAAAAUAUCAGAAAACAAUAAUUUGGAGUUCUUAUCUAAGUGUGUUUUUUGUAUAAUUGAUGUAUGGACUUUGAUAAUUGUAGCAUAUAUAUGAUUUUACUUUCUCUGAAUGUAUUAAUCAGAAUACUUCCCAUGUGAAUACUAUGAAACGAUAACAAUAAAUUUUAUGAAAAAAUUGUCUUUUAUAUG